AGAAAAAUUUUUACUCCAUACCCCUAGCUUACCUGUGGAUACCCCAAAAAUUCUCCUUGUGUGCGAUUUUGAAUGAUAAGAUUCUAAAUGAGUUUGCUGGUCCUCUUGUUAAACACCGUCGAGGCCAUUCAUCAUUUUAUGCGCAGGAUUGAUUCUUCCAUAGCAGUCAAAGUCGAAUUCAAUGAUCUCAUAUCUACACGACCCACCCCCGCAUACAAUAUUAGCGACAUCAGAUCUCGAUCUUGACAACAGAAUAGAAUGCAAUCUAGAGGCUACAAGAACUACAUUUUUUUAUUUUGAAUACCAUGAGAUCAUAUACCGCUUGGGUUUACAACUUGUAAUAUAUAUAUUUCUUACUUCCCUCGUCUACCUCUUAGUUACUUACAGAGUUAUUACCGACAAAAACAACGAUGGUUCGACCUGACGUUCUUUUCAAGUACCUCCGUGGGCGUGGUUGGACGCUCGAGCGGAUCACUGGAUCCCAUCAUAUCUUCACCAAGGGUGGAUGUGGUUGUCUUCCCGUCGUGGUGCAUCAGGGUGCUAUCCGCCUAGAUGUGUUUGACAGUGUGAUAGUGCAAGCUAUCGAAGCAGAAAAUCGUCCUCGAAAUCACACGACGAGACAUAUUACAGCAAAGGUGGACAUCAAAAGCAAGAACCUCUUGUUUGCUCCGUCUAAUAGAGGUGGAGGCGCUUGUGCUUCUGGUGCUCCCGGAAGACGUGGCGAGCCACGACGCUUGCGUAUCUGGGUAGACCGGGAUACAGGACUGCUAGCCACAUUCGACGCCGUCGAAUAUGAGGAGUACUUGAGGGAGUCCAUGGCACAAGCGGAGGCGGACAAAACGGCAGCAUGCGACCAGUACAGUUGCGUCUUGGACGAAGCACUGGAGCACUUGACCCAAGACCGCUUUGCUCACUGCGUUACUACCAUUGAGAACUUUCUAGCCUCGAAACAAAACAGUACAACUACAAAUACACGUGGAAGCACGCCAAGUGCGACAAGUACAUCUUCUCCUUGUAGUUUGACGACGGCGGCGGAGAUGGCAGUCGCAGAUCUGAGGGAGGAGUUGGAGUUUACUUUGAUUGUGGCAUUGGAGAAGCAGAUCCGUGGAUUAUCUCUCCGGCAAGGGAAAGAGCGAGAAGUGCUUUGCCGUAAAUGCUUCAAAGCCUUGCGUGAGAUGGAGCAACGUCACUGGCAGAGACACAGUGAUGUGGAUGCCUUGCGUACAGGGCUCGUGGACUUUUUGACCCAAACCGCGGGAUCGGUCGCGUUCAAUGGCUGCUUGACAAUACAGAAAACUGGCCCGGGAGGAAGCGACGAAGGCGUGUUUGACCUUCGGAUAGAAAAAUGCAAACCUGUCGUCGACUUUUUGCUCUUCUUCCUAGAACUGCUGGUAUACGAGGAACGCCUCGUUCCACUUCGCAAAAUUUGCGGAAAGUCCGCGAAUCGAAAAUUUAUGAAGAUCGCCUCUUAUAUUUUUUAGAGUUUCUCCUAUUUCAUUGUCCUUAACCUUAUUCAUCGGAGAGUCUUCUUUUUCCUUAUGGAUGAUGGACGACAAGUAGUGCAUACUGUUUUUCUCAUGGAUGAUGGACGAUAACAAAUAAUCCGAUUCGAUCGUGCCCCUUUUUUACUUCUCUUUGGAUUUGAUUUCAAGAUUGCCCACAACGCAUAUUUGAUUCACACAUUCGCACUCACACUCUAAGCUCUCUGCAAAUGCGAAGAACAAGAGUGGAGAUAUUCUGUACUUGGAUGACCCCACGAUGCUGCAGAUUUCGUUUGUAAUGCUGGCUACGUGUCUUGCGGAUAUCGUCCUUGACAUGUUCAUGCUUCAUGGCGAACACGAUCGCGCAGCACGUAUUGCACAGAGUGUGCUAGCCAUCUACAACUGUGGACCAGUGAAUGCGGAUGAUGUUAGCUCCCCGCGUUCUGGUGGUACGUUCAAUAUUGUGAUUUAUGGGGCGAUGCAAUAACAUUAGCAAUGCGAAUAUUAGUUUAAGGUUUUCUUUCAUCUUAUCCUCAUCCUGUCGUGUGCGAGGUGGACUACGAUAGUACCCCCCUCCGGUUUAUAGCACGCAUGGUGCAGCAUGGAGUAGCAUGGAGCGCAGAUCCAUGCUAAGGGACGCAAGAAGCGCUCCCGUUAGCUCCAUGCAACUCCAUACGAUCCAUGCCAUGCGAGCUGCCAAAUCUUAUAAAUUGUUCGAUAAUUUUUAUAGAUGUGACUUCCCCGACUGGGGCUUUUUUCUACUCUGCUUUCAUCAAGGUGGAAUGACUUUAAUUUAUUAACAAGCACUCAUGUUCAAGGUGAAGGUCAACAAGAUAGAAGUACUUUCGGGUACUCGACAACUACUUAUUCCUCUACAACAAAAACUAACAACAGGUGGUAACCAGUCAACAUCAAACGCUGUUUGGGAUGCGGAUACGCUGGACAAGAUUCCAUGCGUCCGAUGGCGUGACAACAAAGCGAUGACUUCUCGACCGUCUGACGGUCGUGGGGAGCCAUUAUUCAUUAUUCUGCCCGCCGACGCAGAGCUAUUCGAGCGCGCCGCCGAAACGGCGGUCGUCUUUCAGUUUUUACUCGACCUUUCACCGGUUUCGAGGUUUCUCAAGGAGACGUACGAUUGCAAGCUGGGUCCUGACCUCGAACAGGCUGGCUACAGCGCAUGCUGUAGAAACAAACGGAAAAUCAAGGUCGCGGACUUGUUGAACAGUGGAGCGCUGGACACACUCAUCGGCACGCUCAUGCGCGCUUCUGCAUACGAGAACGAAGACAGGAAUCCGCCCUUCCCCUUGGUCGAGUUAAGGCUCUUAGUUCUUUCGACGGCGUCUAUCGAUUGUAUUGUAGAUAUAGUUAACAGUUUCAGCUUCAGUCUACUUGAAAAACAUUGUUCAUCUUGAUCUUUCAUUCAUCUCUUUUUAUAAUUAGGGGACAGAGUCAGUAGUUCUACUUCUAGUUUUACUACGUACGACUUCUAAUCUAGGUUGCGGACAUGUUCGUCGUAGAGGUGCUGAUGGCGUCCGUGUGGCUAUUGCGCGCAGCCUACGUUCACGACGUCGCAGAGGAUCCGGUCAUGCGGGAAGUCACAGAAGGCUUCACAGAAUUCCUAAUCGACCCAGAAGGAUUUACCGCGAAAGCCGCAGAAACAUCUUCUGGUGUUAUGGCUUAGAAGUUGACCUAUCCGCCUCCAGAAGCAUAUCUUUAUCUAUGACAUUUAUUUCAAGGGGAAAAAGAUAUAGAUGUGCGCCGCGCAAUUAAAUAGGUCAACUGGUUGUAACUCCUAAGUAGAGUCGUGGGCGUGGCACAAACUCUUCUCUCGACCGCAAGAUGGUGCAGAAAUGCGUCGCGCAACAGCGGAUUCGCUCUCGCGACCUCAUGAGGCUUUUCGGGCCUCUGGAUAUGGUGGACAAGGGUGAAAUGAAGACGACCAUAGGAGGAACGAACGCUGGAGGAGGAACAAACUCGACGUCGACGACUUCCAGCACUCUUUCACCUUCGAAAUCCACCUCGUCUUCCCCGUACACCGCACGUGCUAAUUUCAUACACCAGUCGCGGUGGAACACGGAUCCCGCAGUAAGGGAGUUUCACAUCAAAGCAAAAAUUUUGUUCGAGUGGGUGAUGAAAAUCGACUACGUAUUCAACCAGUUCGGACUGGUGUUGAACAUGUCAGACCUCAACUUCCAGCGCUGGUACGGUGCUUGUGACGAAACUCGCAAGAGCUACCUAAACACGCGCUUCUUCCAGCUUUCGAUGCUACGCGCGUCGUUAACAACUAUCUUGGCGCACACGGGAGAGGUUGAACAAUUCGGCACUACACUGGCGGUUUUGCACCAAGCAGCGGAUGUACUGCAGAGCAUGAGCGACGCGCGCGUGUACCGACCGCUAAGCAGACCAGAACAAAUCACAGACACGCGCUCGAGGAGAGCGCAAACGCGAGUGGCCAACAAUCUUCUAGUUAUGUUGACUGAGGGAAAGUAGAAUAUUUCUAAGAAUAGGCUUCCUUAGAAUUCUUUUUGGUAAAAAAUGCCCAGGUUCUAUCGUGCUUCUAUACAUCUUCAAAAUGUGAUUUGUAAGUAAAUAAUGCUCAUUGAGAAUGAGAGUUUCAUCUGACGAGGCAUUUAUUUGGAAUAUCAAACUGGUGCACUAUGCUUUUCUAAUCCGCAUAUGCUCCUUGGCUACUAUCCGGAAUUGGCCUCAGCACCCGAGGUUUGGCACUUGCCGAUGUGUUUGCAGAUUCAGCAGUACAACGAGAACGCGGCCGAUGUGGGGAGCAAGCUCUUGGAAACCUUGCCGUUGAAGCGCCUAACCGGAGGCUGGAUCUUUUUUCACCAGAUUUGCACCUUUUUUCCCAUUGCAUUGGGCGCACUCGCUACUCCUGCUGACGUUCUGCCACGUCUCCGAGCGGCCGUUGAAAACCAUGCACCGAUGCCACAAAGGUACGACCGACUUGAUUAUUUCGCACAGAAGAAAAGCGGUUCAGUCUACGCAUACACAUCACCACUGAAGAAAGCGAACAACGGUGAAGAUGAAAAUACAAGCAAGGAUCAUGGUAACCGUAGCGAGCCCUCAUCUACAUCAGCGGAGAUAGGCUCAGCGCCUUCGAAGCGCGCACUGCCAAUCCGAGACGUUUUUCUUUGCGUCAUGACGCAACUGCUCGACUUCUUGCUGGACAUGGGUUACUUCGAUAAAUCCACCUCGUUUGCAACAGUUUGCACUCACGAUCAAGAAGAAGAAGACGCGAAAACAGCGAAGGAGAUUAAAGAGGACCGUCCCACUGCUGAAGUGCAACAGAAUGAGGUUGACGAGGGCGCUGUUGAAAAUGAUGCAGUCGUGUCGAAGGAUAAAGAUUCAGCCGAGAAAACAGCCCUCUUGCGGACCGGUCAAACCCUCGUAGACUCAUCGGAGGUGACAGGUGCGCAGCCGGGUGGAGACAAGCCCGCGAAAAAAAGCAAAAACAAGCAGAAGCGACGCGCAGCCCAGGCUGCGGCUGCUUCGGCUGCGGCCGUGCAGGGUGGAAAUAAAGGCGCGAGUUCGAACUCAGCGAAGGCUAUGGAACAUCAAACGGGAUUGUUGGCAGCUGCAACCGCCUCACAGGAAGUAUGGCAGGUAACGCUUUGGCCAGCUCGUUUUACGGAGGAUUCGAAAAAAGACCUUCAAAAGGCAAACAAGAGUGUCGCGAAAGCAGACGCAUUAAAGGCUGCACAAGAAAAGCGCUUGGAAACUGCAAACGCCAUGCAAGAUGCCUUCGGCACCUUUUGUCGAGCACGAGCAUUAGGAGCAUGUACGAAGUCAAAGUCAAACUCUACGUCUUCCACAGGAGCAGGAGUACAUGUACAACCAGAUUUGCAAGCAAAGGCUCGCACACGGUUCCGGGAUCUCCUCAAGGCUCAACACCUGUCGGCCAAAGACGCGCAAUGCUUAAAGAGGCUUCGCGACUUGGCCCGAAUCGAGGAAAUCGUGGGCCUGUUGCUAGAGAAGAGGCGGCUGCUGGCAGUGCUCGUUGGGGUAUAUGAGGAGAUCGUACAAGGCUUCGAGAAAGUCCCAAGGGAUAGUUCUGCGUGGCGGUUUCAGACACUGCGUGAGGCCGAAAAUGAAAAGCCCCCCACUACGUUGCAGCAGUUGAAAAUGCACGUGACAGGGUCUCUCCCACUGCGUCGUCUAGAAGAAACGCAGGUGCUGCGGUUGACUUUUCAGGCUUUGCGACUGGAACAAAUCGCAGGACGGUUGCGCGAACUGCUCUUACCCGCUUUGGCGGGCCAAGUGCCCACGAGGGAGAUGGCAGCACCGAAUCCGGGAGCGCAAACUGCAUUCCAAAACAGCCUCAAUGAGUAUGCAAAUCUUGCUCGGAACCUGGGUUUGGAGUUACCAGAACUCUUGGUUUUCGCUCAUUAAAGAACAGACACAGAGGAAGAGGAUUUGGAGAACAAGUAUUGAGAUCCGUUGGCUGCAGCACGGUGGGCGUAGGCGUUGACAUCCCCAUUCUUGUGAGUCAAAAUUGACAAUCUGGGGGUUGACGGUUGACCUUGAAGUCGGCUGCCAUUUUGUCUCUACGGUGGUCGCGAGUGACCUCCAUAACAGGGACACACACACAUGACAAGGGACCUUUCGCUUUCUCUAGAUUUGUAAAAAUGAUGAGCUUCCUGUCUUAGAAACACUGUUGGCACCACGUAUAUUAAAGCAGGAAGUAGAUUAUACCCGAAAUGAUACAACUCGGACGACAAGAAUAAACUGCGACUUCAAGAACAUCUAUGUUGAUAUGUUGAUACAUAGUUCAAUGGUCCCCUUAUAUCAAAUUGCUGUUGCUCCAGGAGGAUGUUAAAAUCCAUGUUGAAUGAAGUUGAAGACAAUUUCCCUGGCAUACCUACUUAGCCG